AUGGGACAGAUUUUAGCACUUUUUCGAGGUGGUGCAACAGGUGAACAAAUUACGAUUGAUUUUGAAAAUGUUAGCCCAUCAGAAGCUGAGCUAAAAAUAUGGAAUGACAUUGAUAUUAUGUUGAGAAGAAAAGAUGAUGUUUUAAAUAAAGUCACAAAUUAUCAUGGCCAAGAUGACUUAAUUCGAAAAGCCAUUUCUGCAAGAACAGGGUCUGAUAAUUUAAGUGGUAUGAGUCAACCAGAAGAAGAGGCAUGGAAAGUAAUUUCUUCUCAAGCUGAUAUUAUUAAUGAGUUCUAUCAAUUUGCUGUUUUGUUAGAAACAGAAUUUCCAAAGUUAGUUACUGAAUUAUCUCGUGACGACGCUAAAGCUACGUUAACAGAUAAACAGGCAUUAUGCAAACAACUUGGUGUCAUUCUUGAUUUUGUAUUAGCUUUUGAUAAUAAAAAAGUUACUAAUCCUGGUAUUCAAAAUGACUUUAGUUAUUAUAGAAGAAGUUUUCCAAGAAUGAAACAAUUUAAAAGAGAAGAUGAAUUAAAAAUUCCUGAUGAAGUGGCAAAUAGAAUUUCUAUGUUUAUUGCUAAUCCAUCACCUAUGAUGGCACAUUUAGUGACAAUUAUUAAAGGUGUUCAAAAUGGAGCUAUUAAUCCAUCUUUUAGUGAAAUUUUAAUAUUAUUUGCAAAUGUAUGUAAUGAUAUGGUUCAAAAAGGAAUCUUUGAAAAUAAUGAAACUAAUCUAUUCUGUCUAAGAGUUAUGACUGGUUGUAUCAUCUUAAAUGAUAAUAUCUCCGAAUUAGGUUCUUUCCAUAAAAAAUCACCUAUUAAAGUUAAAGAUUGCAUUAUGCAAUUGAAAAAUUUUGCUGAUAAUGUUGAUUACACAGAAGCAAUUAAUUCUUUACUUGAUACAAUAAGAUAUACUUGUUUACAUGUUGGAGAUCCAGAUACCCCUGGUUACAUUAAGGCAUUGUUAAUUUAA